UAUUUUAAGAAAGCAGAAGCACCAUCAUUUGCACACUCCUUAUAGAUCACACACCUUAACCCUGACUUUUUAGCUUCAGUUUCUUGAAGUGAAGUCAAGAUGAAGAACCAUUUGCUUUUCUGGGGAGUCCUAGCCAUUUUUGUUAAGGCUGUUUUUGUGACAGCCCAAGAUGAAGAUGGAAGGACUGUUCUUGUUGACAACAAGUGUCAGUGUGCCCGGAUUACUUCCAGGAUCAUCCCUUCUCCCGAAGAUCCUAAUGAAGACAUUGUGGAGAGAAACAUCAGAAUUAUUGUUCCUCUGAACAACCGGGAGAAUAUCUCUGAUCCCACCUCACCAGUGAGAACCAACUUUGUGUAUCAUUUGUCUGACCUCUGUAAAAAAUGUGAUCCUGUGGAAGUGGAGCUGGAUAAUCAAGUAGUUAUCGCCUCCCAGAGCAAUCUCUGUGAUGAAGACAGUGAGACCUGUUACACCUACGACAGAAACAAGUGCUACACAAAUCGGGUCCCAUUUACGUAUGGUGGUCAGACCAAAAUGGUGGAAACAGCCUUGACCCCAGAUUCCUGCUACCCUGACUAAUUUAAGUCAUUGCUGACUGCACAGCUCCUUUUCUUGAAAGGCUCUUCAUUUUGAUCCAGAAGUUAAUAUAUUUACUACCAAUGAAUUUGAAACAGUGAUUUUUUUUGUCAGUAUAAAACUACCCCCCAAAUAGAAAUAGUAACAUUAUUAUUUUUAUUGAAAUUGCUUUUCAACUGUAUGUUCUCACUCUAAGUAUUGAAAUCUCUCAUAAUCCUUGCCCAAAGGGGUAUACGACCUUAAAAAUAUGAUUUCUAGCAUUUAAAAAUAGACAAGAGAAGAAAAUAAAACUCAAAGAGUAAAAAUCAGAAGACGUAAUUAAAUUUCACUUUUUUUUUUUUUUGGCCUUGCCUUGGAGAGCCAGAGCUUUUGCACCUUUCAAACUAUUCUCUCUUUAAAAAGUAUCAUGUGCAGAGAAAAUUUAUAUGUAAACAUAGGUCAAUUACAUGUCUUCCCUAGAAAAAUAAUAACUGGAAAACAUGUUUUGGAAAUAUUUGCAAAAAUAAUUUAAAAUGGGAUCUCCCUUUAUGAGACCAAUGAGCCAAAAGUGACAUAAUUAAAUGCAUAAUUGAAAAAUAUAUUUUGACAUAGUGCAGAUUUGGUGGCAGAUGAUAGACUUUUUUUUUGAUAAUCAGGAUAGUGUAAGAAAUUCCCACUGGAAAUCAUCUAUGUUGUAACUGAGUCUGUUGAAAUAUGUAUCCAAAAUAUGUAUUCUCUAGCACAGCUUGAACAAUUAAAUAGAUUCAUAAGCAUA